ACCUCCCCCUCCUCCUCCGCCCGCCCGCCCGGUCCGAGCAGCGCUGCGACGGUCAAAAGGUUCAGACUCGCGGCGCUCAGAGGACCGGCAGCCGGCGGCUCUCCAGCCCAUCAGCCCGUACAUGACAAGAGUAGAGGUGGUUCACAUGGGCAGAAUGUGCCAGAAUCCCUGAAGGCAAACUAAAGCCCGUGGACGAUACCCGAUCUCCUUUGACUGUUGUGUGCACACCUGGUGCCAUGGCUGGUCUUGGAAUAAUUGAAGUAACACUGCUGAGGUGUACAUUUCUCUUCCUCUACGUGAGUGUGUGCUUGUGCCAGCGUGACUGCUCUGGUGUGGACUGUCCCCAGCUGGACAACUGUAUCGAAGAAGUGCUGGAGAGUGGCGCCUGUUGCGCUUCAUGCCUGCAAAAAGGAUGCACAUGCGAGGGUUACCAAUACUAUGAUUGCAUCAAUGCUGGAUUCAAGAAUGGCAAGGUGCCCGAGGGAGACUCUUACUUUGUUGAUUAUGGCAGCACAGAGUGCUCCUGCCCCGCGGGAGGGGGCCGGAUCAGCUGCCACUUCAUCAGCUGUCCUGAUAUUCCUCCAAACUGCAUCGAGGUUUCAGAGCCUGCAGACGGCUGCAUGCAGUGUGAACGCGUUGGAUGCGUCCAUGACGGGCAAAAGUACGAGGCUGGACACUCCUUCCACAUCGAUCCCUGCCGGGUCUGCCACUGCCCCAACGAAGGGGGGAAACUAAUGUGCUACCCUGUGCCAGACUGUGACCUGCACAAAGUCCAUAAACAUAUAGCUGCACAAACAGAGGAGGACAGAGCCAGCAGGCACAACAGUUACCGCCACAGGUUUGACAAACAAGGGCGCAUAGAUCAGUCCUCCACACCGUAUAGCCUUCCUCCUAACGGGAAUCUUCCUCUCUUCAAAUUGUCUCCUUUGGAUAAGGAGGAGCCAGAAGAGUAUGAUUAUGGUCCUACAGAUUUUCCAGAGACCUACCCUCAAUCUCUGGUCUUCCCGACCCAGUCUUCCUCCUCCAACAAGGUCAUCUCUGUGUCCCGAGGCUCUGACAGACCUGACAGAACCUCUUCCCUUCAAAGCUUUGACAGACAAAGCAAGCUGGAGCUGAGAGAACGAUACAGAGUUCAUGACCAUCCUGCAGAUAGAGAGGAAUUGACAGAAAGUCCCCCGAGAGUAGAGCAGAGUACUGUCAGGCCACAUAUGCACAAGGACGCCACUACUUCUUGGCAGCCUUCACAGGGUGUAACAAGUGUGCAAAGUGUCACAUUCAGUGAUCUGACUACACAGACAGAUUUAGAGAAUCCAUUGCAUGUACUCAAAAGUUUGGAUAGUGACAUAUUUCCACUUAACCGAGGAUUGGGGAGUGAGAAACACCCCGAGAAUCCACAUAUGAGUUCAGAGAGUGCAGUUCAUCAGAGAAGCUCUGAGACUAAGACGCAUCACCAAAAUGCAUCAGACAGUGUGACACCCAGAGGUUCAAAGAGUCAGAUCAACGUUAGUCAUCCAGUGAGAGGCACAGACAGUCUAACCAAUCAGCAGAGACGAUCAGAUACAGUGAAUUUUCCGCUGUACAUGCUGAGAAGCCCAGAGAGCCCACUCCAUUCCCAGGCAAGCUCAAAUGGUCAAAAAGAAUUACAGGGGACAGUUGCGCCGGACAGUGAGGAUGGGGUUAAUGGAGAGGAGGAGGAAGAAAUAGUAACAUUUCGUAGUGUCACUGGGCCUGAAGAAAGGGAUGUGCCCUACAAGAUAAAGUCAGCACAACUGGAGAGAAGCCAUGAGGAGGAGUCAGAGAGCAACGAUCCAACCAGCAGCUACGAAAAGACCACACCCGAGCCCAGCACCAGCUCCCCCAGGAGACCUGAGUACCUGACAACCCCUAUGGUCCAUUUUAUUACCACCACCCAGCCGCCAGUAAGGUUAAAGCUGGAUGAGAGUGAGCCGAGCAGAACGCCAGGUCAGAGGCUGUUUAACCUUCACAGUGAAGACCAGGAAGAGGUGAAGGAAGAUCGCCCUGUUUUGCUCAUCAAACCUGAUGGAGGUCCAGGUGUCUCUACUGAAGACCUGCUGCAGAGCUGCUGUGCUGCUGGCCAGAAAUGGGCCACAGACAAUCACCACUGCAACCACAUGCGACUGCUGAACAAUGACAAGAACUACAUAUGCAGUGUUGCAGAGAAGCAGUGUUGCCUCAGCUCUUUGAAGGAGAGCCAGUGUGAAUCAGGAAUGACUUCAGCCAGAGGAGGGGGCGCCUGUGAAGUGGAUGAGGAGGACCAGUGCACAGAUGACUCCUACCAGGUGUGCUGCAGCUGCUGUGCCCUUGGCUUACGGGUUCGCAGUGAAGGACGGGGCUGCGAUGCUCACCAGUACCUGGGCUACCCGUGCGGUCACAUCUUCCUCACCUGCUGCGAGGAAGAGGAAGGUCCGAGCCAGAUCCCGCUGAGGAGAAAGCAGAAGCCCAGACCAACUGCCAUGCCUAGAAAAGUCUCAGACAGCAAGUUCCCCAAGGAGGCCUUCUCCAUCACUGCCAUAGUUGAAGCUGCCAAUGCGGUGGAGGAGCAGGAGGAUGUGGAUGAGUGUCAGCUCUACCCGGGCCAGCUGUGCCAGCACACAUGUACCAACAUCUGGGGCUCCUACAGCUGUGGCUGCCACCAGGGCUACAUCCUGCAGCAGGACAGACACUCCUGUGCACCAGUGAGUCCUGACGAGGACAACAGAGUCAGCGAGGACAGUCCUGCUGUGGUCCCAACAGAAACUACUACUACUACCACUACAACCAGUACAACCACCGCCAGCCCUGCCCACCUUAAUCCUUGUGCAGAAAAUGGUCCUUGCAGUCAGCAAUGCAUGGUGGUGGCAGGCCAGGCUGACUGUUCCUGCUUCCCGGGGUUCUCGCUGAUGACAGAUGGACGCAUGUGUGAAGAUGUGGACGAGUGCAUGACCAACACCCACAGUUGUCGGCCCAGCGAGCGCUGUGUGAACACAGUGGGUUCAUUUGUAUGCGAGCUGCAGGUAACUUGUCCUGCAGGCUACCAGCUGAGGAACAGUGUUUGCGAGGACAUUGAUGAAUGUGUUCUGCGAACCCAUAACUGUGGGAUGGGCUUUGUGUGUCAGAACACAGUGGGCUCUUUCCUGUGUAAUUCCAAACACAAGUGCAUCAGCGGCUUCACACAGGACUCUCAUGGCAACUGUAUCGACAUAAAUGAGUGCAGCAGCCUCAGUGAGCCAUGCAGCUCAGGCUUUAACUGUAUCAACACAGUGGGCUCCUACACGUGCCAGCAGAAGAUCAUAAUGUGCAGCCACGGCUACCAAGCCAGCCCUGAUGGAGCCAAGUGUGUCGACACUGAUGAGUGUCAGAUGGGGACGCACCGCUGUGGAGUGGGGCAGAUCUGUCACAACCUCCCUGGCAGCUACCGCUGUGACUGUCAGACGGGCUACCAGUAUGACGCCCUCCGCAAAGUCUGCACCGAUGUAAAUGAGUGCUGGCGCUAUCCUGGCAGGCUGUGUGCCCAGACCUGUGAAAACACCCCAGGCUCCUACCACUGCUCAUGCACAGCUGGCUUCUCCUUAGCAUUUGAUGGCAAGAACUGUGAAGAUGUAAAUGAAUGUGACAAAAACCCCUGUAGCCAGGAGUGCGCCAACAUUUACGGCUCAUAUCAAUGCUACUGUCGCCAGGGCUACUACCUGAAAGAGGACGGACACACCUGUGAAGAUAUUGACGAGUGCUCCCAGAGCAUCGGGAACCUUUGUGCCUUCCUGUGUGUUAAUGUUGCUGGCAGCUAUCAGUGUGCUUGUCCUCCUCAUGGAUAUGUCAUGUCCGCCAAUGGACGCACCUGCAGAGAUAUUGACGAAUGCACAACUGGCACCCACAACUGUUCAUAUGGACAGCCCUGCUAUAACCUCCAGGGGGGCUUCAGAUGUCUCUCCUUUGACUGCCCACACAACUACAAGAAGGUGUCAGACAUACGCUGUGAGCGGACCAGCUGUCCCAGUAACUCCUUAGACUGUCAGAACUCCCCCGUACGCAUCACAUACUACCAGCUCAGCUUCCAGACUAACAUCAUCAUUCCUGCCCAGAUCUUCCGAAUCGGACCAUCCCCCGCCUACUCCGGUGAUCACAUUGUCAUCGGCAUCAUCAAGGGCAAUGAGGAGGGCUACUUCAGCACCAGGAAGCUGAACAGCUUCACGGGUGCUGUCUACCUGCAGAGACAAGUCCGUGAGCCCAAAGACUUCCUGAUAGAUGUGGAGAUGAAGUUGCUGAGGCAGGGGACGUUCACCUCUUUCCUCGCCAGGAUCUAUGUCUUUAUCACAUCCAGCGCUAUGUAACACCAGAGAGAAACAGACAGAGAGAGGGACUGGAAAUUUCAUAUGGUGCUAAACCUUUACAUGUGCAGACUCUUUUUGUAAUGCCUCCUCACAAUCAAAAAAAAAGUAUUAUUCAAGAAUCAUUUUAAAAUGUUUUUUUUUUGUCUUUGGCAGGUUAUCUGCUUGUCUCUGCAGACUUCCUAUGACAAUCAUAUUUCCUGAGAAACCUUUUAUUUGUAUUUACCAAAAUAUUUUUCAUUUUGAUUCUUGCUAAGAUAAUUUUGCUUUUAUGCACCACCAUUGUUAAGGUCUAUUCAAGCUGUUGGUUUGUACAGACAGUGGCAAGGUGCUGUACAGGUCACUCCACACAUCUGGGUCAGUGGUUUGUACUCUGCACUACUUUCUUUAAAAUUUGCUCUUUAACCUCCCUAUGUAAAUGUUAAUUUUCAUGAUAAUUAUUCAAGAAAGUUUGAAGAAACUAAUAAACCUUUGCAGCACUAGAAGUUAAGGGCACUUGAUAACUGUGGAGGCCCAAAACUGACAAAAUGCACUAAAAGCCUCGAGUUGAGUCAAAAACAUAACUGAAUAUAUCAAUUAGUUAAACAAUUAAAAUUGAGUGUAAAAAGAAUAUUAAAGGAUUUUUCCUGUAUCAGUUGAUAGAAUAAAUUACAACUUAAUUUAUUUCAUUUUAAAUAAAUAGAUUCAAUUAAAACUUUAUUUUACACUAGCUCAUUUUAUUUUUCAACUCCUUAUUUUUCCUUUUUUUUUUUUUUUGUCUUGGCACAAAUGUAAUAAUUUUACUGUUUUCUAUUUCCCUUCUACUUAUAUGAUAAUGGGCGUGUCCAUAUAUGUCCAGGCCAAUGAUUGGUCCAGAGUGUGAUUCUGUGUGUGUGCUAAACACGAGUAAAAUAAAUGAAGUUUGAAUGUAUUUCAAAUUAAAUAGUUGUAUUAUAAAUUAUACAACAAAUAGUAUAAUUUAUUUAUGUAUUCAGUUAUAUUUUUGAUUUACAUUUGUCAGUUUUGGGCCUCCAUAGUCACCACCCAAAUUCUUAAUUUUGUUCCAGAUCCUUCAAAUACUACAUUUUGUUCAGCAUUUGGUGUAUAUUAUUUUUUUAAAAGAUGUAAUCUGAUGAAAUGUAAGUGUUGAAAUUCAGAGCAAAUCACACCAGAAAACAAGUCAUGUAUGGUAAAUUCCAGCACUGAGAAUAUUAAUGUAGUGUUACUGUUGAUCAUUUUAUUUUUAAGUGUCAUAUUCGUUCCUUUAUUACUGGACAUAUCUUUCUAUGUUAAUGUGUUGUAAUUAUCUCAGGGUGAAAUUCAUGCAAUUUUGUAUACACUCGACAAAUUCCUGUGUAGUUUACAGGAAUGAAUCCGUCUGUCCAUACUGGCCUCAUACAGCCUGUGCAGUUUCAGCUGCCACAUGACAUUUGUACCUAUAAACCAAUCAAUAAAUGAUGAUCAAACUGUCAUCAUUUGCUCAAUAAGUACUGAUCAAAUUCAGUGUCAGGGUCAGUUUUUCCACAUCAAUGCUGCACAUUGGUACUGCAUUAUCAUUUCCAUUGUGAAUGAACAGUGAGCCAACAUCGCCAUCUACUGGUGAAAGUGUCAGAAGACCAAGUCCUCACCACCUAAAACACCACUCUAUUAAAGGCAAGGCAAGUUUAUUUGUAUGGCACCUUUCAACAUCAAGGCAAUUCAAAGUGCGUUCUAAUAAGACAGGAAGGCAUUAAGAAAAGAUAAUAUUAAAGUCAAUGAAUACUCAUUUAUUUUACUCUCAGUGUAGAAACAUUUUCAUUUAGAUGUUAUUUUGAAAAUAAACUGCUUCACAAUAA